AUGAUCUGCUCCGUAAAUGCCACAGUGUGCAAUGGAACGUCUUGCUUGGUGCCAAGCAGUAAUUAUAACGAGAUUCUGAGCUUGGCUUUAAGUACUGUGUUAACAGUUCUGCUGGCCAUGGUGAUGUUCUCUAUGGGUUGUAAUGUGGAGGCAACAAAGCUGUGGGGACAUAUCAAGAGACCGUGGGGUAUCUUUGUAGGGUUCCUGUGUCAAUUUGGCAUUAUGCCUCUUGCAGCCUUUCUGUUGGCACUUGCCUUCCAAGUUCAGCCGAUUCAAGCAAUAGCAGUUAUGAUAAUGGGUUGCUGUCCUGGUGGAACAGGGUCUAACAUUAUUUCAUUUUGGGUGGAUGGAGAUAUGGAUCUCAGUGUAAGCAUGACAGCAUGUUCUACAAUUCUGGCAAUGGGGAUGAUGCCGUUAUGUCUUUUUAUCUACACUAAAAUGUGGACUGAUACAGAUGCAAUCCAAAUACCGUACGAGAGCAUAGGUAUUACAUUAGUUACCCUCCUUAUUCCAGUCGGAUUAGGAAUUUAUGUGAAGCACAAGUGGCCAAAAAAGGCAAAGACCAUACUUAAGGUUGGCUCUAUAGCUGGGGCAGUAUUGAUAGCAGGCAUAGCUGUAGUUGGAGGGGUGUUGUAUCAGUCUUCCUGGGUCAUUUCUCCUUCACUAUGGAUUAUUGGAGUAAUAUAUCCAGCUGUUGGAUUUGCUUUUGGAUUCUUUCUGGCAAGAUUAGUUGGACAGCCAUACUACAGAUGUCGUACCAUAGCCAUAGAGACUGGUUUCCAGAAUUCUCAGUUAUGUAGCACCAUUGUCCAGCUAUCCUUUAGUCCCGAAGAGUUGGAAGUGAUGUUUAGUUUCCCACUGAUCUAUAGUAUUUUCCAGAUGGUAUUUGCAGCUUUGAUAAUUGCUGGUUAUCGGAUUUACAAGAAACGUUGUUCCAGUGAUGACGACGAAGACUUGGAGAAAGAUAAAACACAGGAUGCAACACCAUCAUCAUAUGCCGUAAAGAAUGAAGGAUUUCAAAUUGAAGACAUUGUAGAUGGCAAGCACACUCGGUUGUGA